UGGGGAAGCAUUACUGUGGCGGGUCGCAAGCGGCACUCAAUAGAUGCUUUGAUCAUUCUUGCGUCAAAAGAAGAACACGAGAGCGAGAAACCGGAACUCAAGGAACACAGCUACUGACCGGUAAUACAUCGUCCACAGUAGGCGGAUAAUCACCCAAUCUCCACAGGUACUGUAUCUGAUCCAUUGCCUUCGAAGAGAGGUCUCAUUGCUUCUUUCUUUAUAGAAGUCUUGAUCUAUCUCAUCAUCAGAGACUGACUGCAGUGGUUGGAUGAUCGAUACGGUACGAUAGAUGGACCACAACUGAGUUAGUUGAUUGUACAAGACCAAGAAGAACUAGAUGACUACCAUUACCGACACGACCAGUAUGAGUGCUUCCGCCAGAACAGCGCUGAGUUUGCUGUAUGACACGGAACUGUUUCUGCGCCGUCAAUUGCAGGCAACGGCCUAUGGAGGCGGCGAACAACAACCACCCGUAGAUGGCAUGCACCCCAGUCUUGCCGAUUCGUCCGUGUACAAUAAUAAUAAUCCACAACCGCAAAGCGAAACAUCACAGUCGCGCGGUCGGACCGUCUUGACGAUUCUGUACCUCUGUGUGUUGGGAUUGUGUUUUGUGGUGCCCGUCUUUUACUACUUUCGUCUCCAUUGUUUUGAAGAAAAUGCGCGACGAGAACUCGAACUCGACUUUUCCGCGGCGUUGGAAUUGUCGACACAACAUCGAGACGAAAAUAGAGCCGCUAGAAGAAAAUACAUUGAAGAACGAAGAGCCAGAAUCGUACAGUUGAUGAUGCCCGUACGAAUGAUUCUGAAAGAGGAAAAUUUUCCAGAGUUGGUGGAUGGCCCUGACAAUCACAAUAGCAGCAGCAACAGCACCCCUGACAAUCCUCCUCCCAAACCUGUCCAGCGAGCAGGGAGUUUCUUGAACUUUAACUUUGAAAGUGAAAAGUACAAGGCACCAAAAGAUGAUGAUGACGAUGAUGAUGCAUCACAAGAAGUACAAGCACAAGAACACGACAACAAUAUCAGUAAUGACACUGAAACAGUACCUCAAGCUGCCAAAAACGAUUUGGAGGAUGACAGUCCCAGACAGGAGCACGGUGUCAUUGAGGCAAAAUCACAGGACGAGGAGGAGCAAGGAGGAGAAAGCCAUCACAGCUCUCCAGGACAUGUAGCAGGAGGAGACGAUCCACCCAAAGAAGCGUUGCAAAAUAAUCCUUAUGAUGACGAAGAAACCCUGCAGAUUCGAAUUCCAGUUCCAGGGCUUCCCAUGGGUGGAAGUUGCUUUCUGGAUCCAACUAGACAACCCCAGAGACAACAACAACAAGGUGAUGAUGAGCGAGAAAUGAGAUUGACGCCUGGGCAUUGCACCAUCUGUUUAUCCAACUACAAGGUUGGAUCGGAUAUUGUAUGGUCGUCCAAUGAAUCCUGUGAUCAUCACUUCCAUGCCAGUUGCAUUGAAAAGUGGCUCAUGAAACAAAGAGAGGGACCCUUGUGUCCCAUUUGCAGAAGAGAUUUUGUGGUGGACCCCCUCGAUUUGUUGGAAGAAGACAACAACAACCAUAAUAUCCACAACAUUAAUAAUGAUAUCAGUGCGGAUGAAGAACAAGGCAUCGAAACACCCAUGUUUCAGUGGGACCCAGCCACACUGUCGAUGGAGGAGGAGGAGGAGCUAGGUGGUAUUGUUGUAAUGGCACCAGGAGAACAGCAGGAAACAAGUGGACACAGAACAAUUCACAUUGACAACCGGGUUACUACAGCACAGUUGGAAGAAGGAGAUGUUGGCGGACCCUCAUCAGACGAAUCCGGAAACAACACAGGAGGCAACACCAUUGAUGUGGAGAAUCCUUCGUCAACUAAUAGUAACCAUGCUCCAGAUGAGACCAACGAAAGCACCGAAGGCGGAGUGUCGGCCCAGUUGUAAAAAGUCGGAGUUGGCUGCACUGCACAGAUGCUGGCUGGGGCAGAAGGAAAUGGUCGAGGCCCCGAGAGAAAGUCUGAUUCAAAAGUUGGGCGGAGGUUCCGUGAGUGAUAAUGUGCGUCGUCAACAGUAGACACGGUGAGUCGAUGUUUUCGACAGAUUCGGCACAGGUUUGCCCACUGGGAUGGGUGGUUGCUGGCGGUUUUUUGGCUUGGCUGCAGUGUGUCCAAAGCCAAGCACGACAUGGGAGUUCGACGAGUAAAGGUUGCUUGAUGCGAUAACAACAAGUGGGUGGCACAAAAGGGUUGCUCGCGUUGCAGUCUCCUUUGCCAACAUCCCUGCGACUUCAAUUUCCCUUUGCUGGCUCAGUGCUACCGUAGUUCAUCGCUUGCGUUGUGCAACGAAAAUGAGGCCAGCCGUCUUUGUGAGGUAGACGAUGGGAGUGAAGACUCCUAUGGGGAAACAGAGAGACGCUCUUUGCAUACCAAAGUAGAAUUAACAAGAUUAGCUGACUUUGCACAUGCUUUUUCUCAAAAAGACCG